CUGUCUGUCUGUCUACCUGUCUUUCUCUCUCUCUCUGAGAGUGAAAAAUCGAGUUAAAUCCCUUUAUAGGUCAUUGUAGUUAUUAUCUUAACGUUCACCAGAGCUUCGCACGGCUAAUCAGAUGUUCUGUACAUUUAUGGAGCGAUCUGGUGUAAAUGGCACUGCAAAAGCCAUUAAUGAUAUCCCCUUUAUGAUUCUGUUGUUAUAAGGAUAUUCACGAUCAGGACGUUGUGAGUAAGUGGAAGCUUAGUUUGUUCUCGUGGCCUUUGACAGUACGCAGGCUAUUUACUGUUUUUACCACAUUCGGAAUACAUUGAUUUGGUUUCAGGGGCCAUGGACAGAAAAAAAUUUUCUCUUCUGAUGCAUUAAGACAUUCAAUUUUUGAAAAUGAAAGGGGAAAACUUCAUGAAGAGAACAUAGGUUUGUUAAUAUAUAACCAGCCAUCUUAGCCUUUUCUCACUUCUUCAAGACAGUUUUAUAAGAUUUUGCUUCUAAAUUUCACACACAUUUGUAUUAAACCUUCAUUUUCCACAAUCAUCCUCCAUUGAAAAGAAAUGAUAAUUUUUUUUCUGCCAAGAUUUACCUUCCCUUGACAAAUAUUGUGGAAUAUAUCUUGAUUGAAUUUAAUCAUUUUUCAUAGCUACCUCAACAUAUGUACUGGAUAAUUUUGUACAGAGAUUAAACUAAGAAUAUUUAAGUGACUUUUCAUAUUUGGAUCUAUGCUAGCAAGUAAAAUAUUUUAGCGAUUUCUUUACUUUCUGGCAUUUUAUUACAAAAGAAUUCUAUCCUAAUUAAUUGUCUUGGAACAAUUAUGGUAGCAUUCUAUAACCUUUUCGGAAUUUGACAAAAAUAACUGGUCUUAGAAAUAUAUAUUUGAAGAAAUAUUAAUUGUGGAAAGAGUAAAGAAAAAAAGAAAAAUAUUUUUGUUUUGAUAUAGCUAUUGAAACUUUUGAUGAAGGAAUUAUAUAAAUUUCAAACUGAAAAUGAAUAAGUUAUAAAAUAUUAAGUUUUGUAAUUAGAGGCUGAAGACAAUUGUAAGAACAUCAUAUCACUUUUGUAAAAACAUCAUAUUACUGAGGCAACAAUUAUUUGCUGAAAGAUCAAUACUACAGUUGUAGUUGAAGAUUCACUAUGAGCAGUUUGAUAUCUCAACAAAUUCUUGUUCCCACAAAAGAGAAACCGUAUCUUUGUGAAAUCUGUGGAAAAUCAUUCUCUCGCAAAAGUCACUUAACUACACACAAUUAUAUUCAUACAGGAGAGAAGCCAUAUGCUUGUGAAAUCUGUGGUAAAACGUUCUCUGACACGGGCCAGGUAACCCGACACAAAUAUAUUCAUUCAGAAGAAAAGCCAUAUAGUUGCUUUGCCUGCAGUAAAUCUUUCUCUCAGAGAUGUGAUUUAAUUACGCACAAACGGAUUCACACUGGUGAAAAACCAUAUACCUGUGAUAUUUGUAGUAAAUCAUUCUCUCAAAAAAGUGUUUUAACAGCACAUAAGUUUAUUCAUGUAGCGAAAAAUCGGUUUCAUUGUGAUGUCUGCGGGAAAACAUACUCUCAAAGAGGUAGUUUAAAUAGACAUAAAUAUACUCAUACAGGUAAGAAACCAUAUCAGUGUGAUAUCUGUGAUAAAGCGUUCACUGAUAAAAGCCAAACAAUCCAGCACAAACGUAUUCAUACAGGAGAGAAACCAUAUCACUGUGAUAUCUGUGAUAAAUCUUUUUCUCAGAAAUGUCACUUAACUACACACCAUUACGUACAUACAGGAGAGAAGCCAUACCGCUGUGACAUUUGUGGUAAAUCCUUCACUGACACACACCAAGUAACUAAACACAAACGGGUUCAUACUGGAGAGAAGCCAUAUCUUUGUGAAAUCUGUGGUAAAUCAUUCUCUCGAGUAAGUCACUUAACUAGACAUAAAUAUAUUCAUACAGGAGAGAAACCAUAUCACUGUGAUACCUGUGGUAAAUCAUUCUCUGAAAAAUGUAACUUAAUUAAACACGUACGUAUUCAUACUGGAGAGAAACCGUAUCACUGUGACACAUGCAAUAAAUCAUUUGCUCAGAAACGUUACUUAACUACGCACCAAUACAUUCAUACAGGAAAGCAUCCAUAUCACUGUGAUAUCUGUGGUAAAUCAUUCUCAGAAAAAAGUAACUUAAGUAAGCAUGUACUGAUUCAUACAGGAGAGAAACCAUAUCAGUGUGAUAUAUGUGAUAAAUUAUUUUCACAGAAAAGUUCCUUAACUAUACAUAAACGUAUUCAUACAGACGAGAAGCCAUAUCACUGUGAUGUAUGUGGUAAAUCGUUUUCUCAAAAAACUGUUUUAACUACACACAAAUAUAUGCAUACAGGAGAGAAGCCAUAUAGCUGUGAUAUCUGCGGUAAAUCAUUUACUGAUACAAACCAAGUGACUAAACACAAACGAAUUCAUACAGGGAAGAAGCCAUAUCACUGUGAUAUCUGUGAAAAAUCAUUCUCUCAAAAACGUUACCUAACUUCACACAAAUGUAUUCAAGGAGAAGAACGAUAUCACUGUGAUAUCUGUGGUAAAUUAUUCUCUCAUAUGAAUAUCUUAACUGAACACAUACGAAUUCAUACAGUAGAGAAACCAUUUCAGUGUGAUACCUGUGGUAAAGCAUUCUCUGAAAGAAGUUCCUUAACAAAACACGUACGUAUUCAUACUGGUGAGAAACCCUUUCAGUGUGACAUAUGUGACAAAUCAUUUUCUCAAAAAGGUCACUUAAAAACACAUCAAAUUGUUCACACAGGAGAGAAGCCAUAUAACUGUGAUAUCUGUGGUAAUUCAUUUACUCAAAGGAGUCAUUUAACUACACACCAACAUAUUCACACAGGAGAGAGGCCAUAUAGCUGUGAUAUCUGUGGUAAAUCCUUUUCUGAAAGAAGACAUGUAACUAGACAUAAAAAAAUUCAUACAGGUUUGAAGCCACAUAGCUGUGAUAUCUGUGGUAAACCAUUCUCUUAUAGAUUUCAAGUAACCAAACACAGAAGUAUCCACACAAGAGAGGAACAGUCACUAAUAUAAUUUCUACCAAAAGAUAGUUAAAAAAAUUUACAUGUACUUUUUCCCUUAAAGUAGCUAUUUCAUUUUUGCUAUAUAAAUAUUUGCAUUGGAGAGAAAUCAUAUUACUAUUGAUAACCUGUGACAAACUAUUAUCCC